AAUAUGCCCCAAUCUGUGCGAGCCAGUCACAUCGAAGCUCUCAAGUCGUCAAACAGGCGUGUUUUUAACAAUAUUUGCAUCUUGUUUUCGCGUGAACUGUGACUUUUUUAACCGACAAGAUUAAUUUAAGAAACAAUGGUUCAAGUUAAAAUAAGUGAUGGCAUCCUCGAAGGGGAAAAAGUACAUAGUGAUAUUUGCGGAGACUUCUACAGCUUCAAAGGAAUCCCUUACGCCGCACCUCCCGUAGGGGAUUUGAGAUUUAAGGCACCACAACCACCGAUCCCAUGGGAAGGCGUUCGGCCGGCCAAGAAGUGUGGCAGUUCCUGCUACCAGUUCAACUUCAUGACUCGCACCCGUCUCAACGGCAGUGAGGACUGUCUGUACCUGAACGUGUACUCUCCCAACCUGACCCCGGCGAAACCGUUGCCAGUCAUGUUUUUUAUUCACGGGGGCGCAUUCUCCUGCGGCAGCGGUGACGACGACGUCUACGGGCCAGAAUUCCUGAUCCAGCAUAAUGUAAUCCUUGUCACUCUAAAUUACCGCCUCGAAAUUCUCGGCUUCCUAUGCCUAGACACAGAAGAUGCUCCUGGCAACCAGGGAAUAAAAGACCAAGUCGCUGCCAUGAGAUGGGUUCAGAAAAACAUCUCACAGUUCGGAGGUGACCCCAACAACGUCACCAUUUUCGGACAGAGCGGCGGAGCAGCCUGCGUCACCAUGCACUGCAUCUCACCGAUGACGAAAGGACUAUUCAAACGAGCCGUCGCUCAAAGUGGAUGCAUGAUAAGCUGGUGGUGUCAAUUCUACAGACCUCGUGACCGAGCACUCGCUCUAGCAAAAACCCUGGGAUGCAAUUCUGAAGAUGACAAAGAACUGUACGAGUUCUUCAAAAACCAACCGGUUGAGAAAUUAUGUGAAAUCCAAGUACCCAUAAUGUUGAAGGAGAAGGAACAUGAUUUGUACGACACUCAAUUUUGUAUUGUGAGUGAGAAAGUUUUCCCUAACGUGGAAACUUUUUUCACUGGCGACAUUUUAGAGAACCUUAAAAACAAUGUUCACGAAGGGGUGGAGUUAUUAAUUGGGCACAAUGAAGACGAAGGAAUUAUAAACAUCGCGGCUACACAUGACAUCAAGAGAACGCUUUACUACGCUAACAAUUUCAAAGAGUAUUUUGUUCCACGUCCCCUAGCUUACUACUGUAGUAUUGAUGACCAGCUAGACAUUGGACAAAAGAUAAAAGAGUAUUAUUUAAAUAACAGAACUCUCACAACGAAAAAUUUGAACUUGUUAGUGAAAUAUUUUACGGCUGAAUCUUUUAAAAUAGGAAUUUGGCAGAUGGCAAAGUAUUUUUCGGUGAAGAACAAAGUGUACAUGUACAGGUUUAAGUGCAAAUCCGAGAGAAACUUCUUCGUGACGCUUUGCGGGAUGUCAGAAUACUUCCCAGGGGGCAGCGUGGUGUGCCAUAUCGACGAGAUAGCUUAUCUUUUCCCAGUGAAGGGCAUUAACCAGAAGAUAAACCCUUCUUCACAUACCUUCAAACUGAUCAAGACCGUGACACAGCUUUGGACAAACUUUGCGAAAACCGGGAACCCAACUCCUGACACCAGUCUUGGCAUCAGCUGGAGACAGUUCAAAGCGAACAGCCAGAACUACAUGGACAUAGGCAACCAGCUCGUCAGGGGCACCACACCAGACAGGGAUGAGCAACUAUUCUGGGCGAACAUCUUCAGCAAAUACCUGCCCAAUGGAAUAUAUAAAAAUAUGGAACUAUAAACCCUAGAGUACUCCGUUAAGUUCCGCUUAAUUUCUCCGGUGGAUUGAAAAUAUUUGAGUAUUAAGUAACCAUAUAAUAAUCAGUGACACCGAUUCCAAAUAUACCAAAUAUUUUAUAAAGAAUUCAUCGCAUAAUGUAUUUUUAGAUGUUAAUGUAAGUAUUUAUAUGAAUAAAGGCCUUUGAAUGAUAACUGAGGGAUACUUUUACAUUUUAAGAAAGAAGACUUGCAGAGUAACGCAUUUUGAAAUGUUUUG